GCUUCUCUCUGCCUUAGUGCAUAUGAUGCUAUAUAUGGCGUAUGUGGCGCACGUGUCGUAAUGUUUACAUUUUGUCAAAGAGGUUAUCUAGAUGCACAUUUGAACAUCAUCGAAACUGCUCAGAGAAAAACGAAUCUCGAUAUAUUUUAUAUUUUAAUUAAACUGGUUUCGUCGCAAUUAUGGGCGAUACCACUUUCCUUGAAGUCGACGACUCUAUUAGGACUAAAAAUUUAUUAUUACUUGAUGAAGAUAAGGAUACUUUAAAUCCGAUAGAUAAGUUGAUGAAAAAAUUAGAUUCGACACAAACAAUGCCAACAACACCAACAAUACUUGUUCAACCUACUCCUGGUAUCUGUGUGAAAACCAAAACAGUUAACGGAGAAAAGAUUUUUGUGAACAUAUGCACAUCCGAUAAAAUUCCACCGCCAGAAGAUAUAUCUGAUACUAAACUACUUCAACUUCUAAACGAUGAUGUACCUGAUUAUGCCAUACCACUGAGUAUUGGUUGUGAAAGAAUGGAAACUGAUAAAUCUGGUAAACCUAGUGCAACAUAUGAUGUCAUGAUGAAUACAGCUUACCUUAGAAAAUGUCGAGAAAAGGAUCAUUUCAUGGCAUUUACAAUAAUAGUUAUAUUGAAUGGAGUGGCGAAUAAAUUUGACAAAGAGAUUGAUAUAGAAAAUUAUGUUAUUCUUAAAAAUCGUACAGUGAUGGGAAAACUUCAGCAGCACAACAUAGAAAAUCGUAAAGUCAGAAAGCCACAAGCUCAAAAAUCGUCAUUGAUCGAGGAAAUUUUGCCUUCUAGGAAGCCUAUCGACAGCAAGACUAAUCUACGAGAUAGCAGUACGACAAAAGCGGGUUAUGUUAUUUUAAGAGAACCAGCAAAAGGCCCAAUUGAGCGUUUAAUCGCUUUAUUUGAUAUGCCAAAAAGCGUUUCAGUCGAAGAUAUAGUAGUAUUGAUCAACUCCGAUCGCAUAAAUGUCACAGAUGAGAAAGCUUGUUAUUCAUAUGAUGUUUUACUUCCGUAUACACUCAGAGCAGAUAAUGCACAAGCUUUUCUGGAUUACAAUAUUGGGGUGAGAAUUUCUAUACUUUUUUUUAUAUAUUAGAUUACAUACCUAUAUUGUAUAUAUUUUUUUUAUUUUUUAGGUAUUACGAAUAGAUAUAUUAACCAAAUAAAAAUAAAAUGAAUAUUAAAAAAUCUGCUUAUUAUGUUUCCCAUCUUAGAAGAAAUUUUGUUGUAGAAUGUAAUUUCACUGUAUUAAACUAAUGUAAGAUAUGAGUUUCAUUUUGCUUCGCA